GAACGCCCUCUGUUGGGCGACAAGAAAACUGUUAUGACAUUUAGAAACCAAAUAAUAUUUAUUUAAAUGUAUUGUUAUCAUUUUUUUUAUCUCAAUUGUGUUAAAAUACAUAUUUAAGGCACGUGAUAGUAGAGAUAUUUCAUUAAGGUCUUUACUCUGGAUAGUAUGUAUUUCAUAGCCGGGUACAAGAGACACUUAACCUGAAAAAUGUAACCUACUGACCAAAACACCAAAGAAUAUUAAAUGCCUUUUGUUUUCCGUAUCAUAUUAUGUCAAUUAAGCAUAAUAUGUUAUGCUAUGACUGCUGUGAAUGUACAAAUUAGAUCUGAUACUGAUUUACAUUACUGUUACUCAAAGGGAAGCCAACAAGAGUGUCCUAAGGAUGAGGAGUUACUGAAUACAAAAUACUGUAGCCCUAAACAAGAAAACGAUCAGAGAUACGUUGAAGACAUGGCUAAUAAUAACCAAUUGAAUGGGUUAUACCGUCCUAGGAGCGCCCUGGCUCGUGCAUUUUAUGAAAAACAAAGAAAUGACAGACACCUGCAGGAAUUUGACCAAACUGAGUGGUAUCGUGUGGACAAGAGCCUCCUCAGUCCAGAGCUCCAGCAGAAGUUCAAGCAGCUGGAUCCAGAUGACGACACAAAGGCGUUCCUGUCGGCCUCCAUUGACAAGUCCACGUGGAUCUGGACGCAAAUCUGGUAUCUGCUGGCCAAGGCCGUACUCCGGCACUUCUGGUCUAUCACCGACAUUAAUGGAUGGCUGGGCCGCGGCUCCAUGUUCGUGCUAUCUUCCGCGCAAGCGCGCACGCUGCUGGGCGGCUCGCCGACCGGCGCUCUCGUGGACGUCGGCGCCGGCGACGGCGAGGUCAGCCGCCGCUUCGCGCAAUUGUACGACCAACGGUACGCCACAGAGAUCUCCGCCAGCAUGAGAAAGGCCCUCAGCAGUAAGGGAUAUACUAUCCUUGACACGGAGACUUGGUGGCGCGGGCAGCAGUUCCAAUGCGUGAGCAUGAUGAACUUGAUCGACCGCUGCAGCCGACCCAAGACCAUGCUGCUGGAAGCUCGCGCCGCGCUCGCGCCCGGAGGGAUCCUCCUCAUAGCCCUAGUCCUGCCCUACAAGCCCUACGUAGAAGUAACCCCUGACCACAAACCCGAAGAGCGUCUGCCAAUCAGCGGCGCCCGCUUCGAGCAGCAAGUGGAGUCGUUCGUGGCGUUCAUGCGCGACGAGUGCGGGUUCGAGCUGGUGUCGUGGGCGCGCGUGCCGUACCUCUGCGAGGGCGACUUUGCGCAGGCAUACUACUGGCUCGAUGAUUCUAUCUAUGUGUUCACGCCUAAGCCUAUUCAUGAGUCUUCUUAAGAUAUUAAGGUGUGGGUUCGGCCAGCAGUUUGAAAAAUCAUAGCGCUUUUUACAGUUGCUAAAAAUAUGAAUAUCAAUCUUUAGGGCUUUUUCUAGUAACUUCAUCGAUUCGAAACCAGGCGGCCUAGCCAAGGUGACAAUCGCUUGCGCUCCGCCAUCGAAUCGCUUUGUGUCUCUGUAUCACUCUUCCAAUGUGACAGUGACAGAUGCGUUUCGUUCGCCACGUAGCGUUAGCCAUUGGCAUGUUUUCUACGGGGCCUGAUGAAACAACUUCCGCUCGUUAGAAAACCCACGAACAUACCUAGGUCUGAAACGCACCAUUUAAAAAUUGGAAUUAAUUUUAAACAAAAGCUGUACAUGAAAAUUGCGUCUAAAAAUGCGUAAUUAAAUUUUUGAUCCAUUGACGAAAGUAAUCGAUGAGGAUUACUUUUUAACUGACGGUCACGCACGGCCGUCCGCUCAGAGAUCAGCGAGCCUGACCUGAACUCACUGUGGAUCAUAUUGCUUCACUUUUUACAAUGACGUAAAACGUAAUUGUCAGAAGCCGUGACUAUAGUCUGUAUCUAUAGGUAAUUAAAUAAAAGUAAACAAACAAUUUGUAAAUUUUCGGGUAGUUAUAACAUUUAUUGGUUUAUCGACCAUUUAUAAAACCGCCUGGAUCAGUCCCUGAACGACCUGACUUUAACCUACAUGAUGAUCGUGUAAUACGGUGUAAUGUUUUCAUCUUCCCUCAAUUGGCUUUUAGGAGCCAUUUGACGGUAGAUUUCGUUUACUUUUAUUUAAAUACCUAAAGAUUCAGAGUAUAGAGUCGGACUACGCUAAGUAAUGCCAAGUGCUAAUUAUAUUAUGUCAAGUACCUACCUAUGGCACCCAUAUGGGAUAUGUUUUCAUUGUCAAUGCCAAAAGUUAGUAACCUCGUUGUCCUCGCCUCUGUUCAGCGUAAAAUUACCGGGAGCCGUUUUAUAAACGCGUGUAAUUUGCAAUACAAGCUGAAUUUAAUUUACUUUGGGAUACAGACGAUUUAUAAAACGGCCCCGGUCUUUCUUACCUCGUCAGGCGGUUGUCGUCUUAAAAUAAAAUAUAGUUUCUCAAAGGACUGUCUCAUUUCAAUCAUAGACAGAGAGAAUCUAUCUUACUAGCUUUGUCUUACAUUAGUACUAGAACCCAAAAGAAAAGGAUUUUUAUAGUUUUCCUGGUUCUUACUGAUUGACAAAUUGGUUUCACCAACUAUAUUUCAUUGAACUAAGCGUUAUGAAUAUUGUUUCGUGAGCAAAUGAGACACACGAAAUUGGUGUUUGGUCAUAACCAAAAUAGUACCUACACUAAAAUGCUGAUUCAUUGAUGUGAUGUGGCACCAGAAACAGAAACGUUGUUGUUUAAGUAUCCUUAACAAAACUGACUGCCAAAUUAAAAACAAAGGUUCCUUUUUGCCACUAACCAUUCUUGAGAACUGAAAACUGCUGCAAAUAAGCAGUAAGUACCUCACCAUUCAACUAUGAGACAGAUAACUAGAUUGAAUGAAUGAUCUCUACUUAUUUUACUAAUCUAGCCAGGAUGCCUCGAUUAACGCACAUUAUUGUCAUCGAAUGGGUGUUUAUAUUCUACAUUUUAAUAUUGUAUUGUAAGUGAUAAAUCGCAUUGAAUUUAUUAGAUAUUUUAUAGAUGUUUACUACUUUUUCUACUUUGUAUGGUAACUAGUUAUACGUAGCUGAAUAAGAUAAAGAUCAAGUAAUAUAUUACAAUUACGAUGAACCUUCACAGGUUGAAACCGAAUUGUGUUGAAAUAUCUCCUGAAGAAUUGGAGUCGUUGUACUUACUUGCAUAGGUUUAAAUCAUUCCUACAUUCAAAUACGGUCAUUUAAAAUUUUGUAUCUAUUUGUAUGUGUGUCUUUGUGAAUUAUUAUUUGUGUUGUAGCAUUCCAAUAAGAUUUAGAAAUAUUGAAACAUUUUCAUCAAAAGGUGCUUUCAAUUCUAUAAAGAUGUCCAGUGUCAGUCAAAAUGAAUUAAAUUCAAAGCAAGCAACUCAA